AUGUCUGUCGCCAAUGGCCUGGCAGCCUUUUUCUCGCCUAUUCAGGACUGCGAUGAGGUGUUCAACUUCUGGGAACCUGCACAUUAUCUGGAUCAUGGGUAUGGCUUGCAAACAUGGGAGUAUUCGCCCGUCUACUCCAUUCGAAGCUGGCUCUACGUAUCGCUUCAUGCCGUCGUGGGGAAGCUGGCAUCGUUAAUGGUACAUACCAAGGCUGCUGAAUUCUAUACGAUUCGGGUCUUCCUUGCUAUUGUUUGUGCUGCCUGUCAGACCAGAUUGUAUUCUGCGAUCUGUCGAUCCCUCAACCCCCGCAUCGGCCUCAUCUUCCUGAUGAUCACAGUGUUCAGCCCGGGUGUGUUCCACGCCUCGACUGCCUUCCUGCCGUCCACUUUCACUAUGUACACAUCGAUGCUUGGUCUGGCGGCCUUCUUGGAAUUCAAAGGUGGACCGAGGACUGCACAGGGUAUCAUGUGGUUCGGCCUCGGCGCAAUUGUUGGCUGGCCAUUUGCUGGUGCCCUCCUCGUGCCUCUUCUUGCCGAGGAGGUCAUCAUUUGCUUGAUCUCUGGGUCUCUUGGGUCACUAACUAUUAAAAUGCUCCAUGGCGCUGCUAGGUGUCUUUCUAUCAUGGCCCUCGAAGUUGCGGUCGACUACGCUUUCUUCAAUAAGAUUGCUUUAGUGCCCUGGAACAUUGUCGCCUAUAAUGUAUUUGGUGGUGACGACAAAGGACCCGAAAUCUUUGGCAUAGAGCCAUGGACUUUCUAUAUCCGCAAUCUACUUUUGAACUUCAAUGUCUGGUUUGUGCUGGCCAUGCUGUCCGCUCCUCUUUUGCUCAUCCAGGCUGUAUUCCGCUCUACUGGCACGUCUUUUCAGGCGCUGUUCCGCUCGAUCACAUUAGUCGCGCCGUUCUAUAUGUGGUUUGCCAUCUUCACCAUGCAGCCUCACAAAGAGGAGCGGUUCAUGUAUCCAGCAUAUCCAUUCCUGGCUCUCAACGCGGCCCUCGCAUUCCACACUGUCCUGAGCUACCUCGGCUCUAGUAAUAGGAAGGAACUUAUUGGUCGUGUGCCGGCGAAAUUGAAGCUUGCUGCAAUCAUGGCGGUAAUCUUGAUGGCUUUCAAUGCCGGUAUGCUCCGCAUCCUGGGAAUGGUGACCGCCUACAACGCACCACUGAAGGUCUUCGAGCCACUGCAGCAAGUGAAUGUGGCCGAGACAGGAACUUCUGUGUGCUUUGGUAAAGAAUGGUAUCGCUUCCCGUCUUCAUAUUUUCUCCCACAUGAUAUGCGCGCCAAGUUCAUCCGAAGCGAGUUCCGAGGUCUUCUACCUGGUGAGUUCCCAGAUGCGCCAAGCUAUCUUGCUCGCCUAGAUGGCGCCUCCCAGAUUCCAUCUGGCAUGAACGAUCUAAACAUUGAAGAUCCCAGCAAAUAUACUGAUAUCUCACAAUGCUCUUUCCUGGUGGACUCUUACUUCCCCAGUCGCCCGACAACCGAAUUGGAACCUCACUACGUGCUCGACAAGUCCCAAUGGGAGCCUCUCUCUUGUCAGAGCUUCCUCGAUUCGUCUGAAACGGGACUACUCGGUCGGUUAAUCUGGGUUCCCAACCUUCCUUUCAUACCCGCGCAGUUUCAACGGAAGUGGGGACAGUACUGCCUCCUGCAACGGCGAGCCGACGCCAGCAUUGUAUAG